UAUUGUUCUUAUUUCUAUGUCGUGUCGUGUCUGUUCUUAAACUCCAUCCAUCGAUAACUGAAACUAAGCAUGAGCUGUUUUUUCUUAUACUGACGAAAACACCCUCAAGUCAUUUUCGUUCUUCAGUUCUUCUUCUUCUUUUUGAUUAAAGACCCCAUGAGAAGUUUAAAUUCUCACUGACCCAUUUGUUUUCUCUCAAUCUUUUGCAGAACCCUGAACCAAAUUUUGCAUCUUUCUCUUUGAAUUUUGUGUCUUUCUUUAAUUCUUUGGAGGGGUUUUUCAAAAGCAACAACCUUGAAAAAAUGGGUAUGGGCACAAGCACUUUCGUUAUCAGAUGGGUCAAUCUUCUUACAAUGCUAUUGGCUGUGGCAGUGAUAAUAUUUGGGGUGUGGAUGAGUACACACAAUGAUGGUUGCAGAAGGUCACUUACAUUUCCAGUUAUAGCUCUUGGUGGUUUCAUCUUCUUGAUAUCCAUAAUCGGAUUUCUUGGCGCGUGCAAGAGAAGUGUGGCGCUUCUUUGGAUUUAUCUUGCCGUGCUCCUGAUCGUUUUGAUCGCGAUUCUUGUCUUUACCGUACUGGCGUUCAUUGUAACAAACAAUGGUUCUGGCCAUACUAACCCUGGUUUAAGGUACAAGGAGUAUAAGCUGAAUGAUUACAGCUCAUGGUUUCUAAAACAGCUUAACAACACCAGUAACUGGAUAAGACUAAAGAGUUGUCUUGUUAAAUCCGAGCAAUGUCGGAAGCUUUCCAAGAAAUACAAGACCAUCAAACAGUUGAAAUCCGCAGAAUUAACCCCGAUAGAAGCUGGAUGUUGUCGACCACCAUCUGAGUAUGUAUAUCUAUGUCUCUUCUUGUUAUUUGUUGAUGUUUUGAAUCCGCAGAAAUAUCGAACCGUCUCAAUGUUGUUUUUAUGCCAAGGUGUGGUUAUCCUGCGGUGAAUGCUUCUUACUAUGACUUGAGCUUUCAUUCGAUAAGUUCUAACAAAGAUUGUAAGCUUUACAAGAAUUUGAGGACUAUCAAGUGCUACAACUGUGAUUCUUGCAAAGCUGGAGUUGCUCAGUACAUGAAAACCGAGUGGCGACUUGUUGCGAUCUUCAAUGUGGUCCUGUUUGUUGUCUUGAUAAGCUCUCUUCUUAGCACGAGAUUUGACUCUGAACAAAGUUUUGGCCUUUUAAACGGUUUAGUGCAAAUUUCCAACAUAACCUUUAAAGAUUGCCAAACCACAACAGUACCAAAACAGUUUUAAAAAAAAAAAAUUUGUGGAUCUUGAAAUGUUCUUGUGAGAACUGAUUUAUUUGUUUUCUUUUCAGUCAAUGGUUUACUUUGUUGGAUGCUGUGCGAGAAGAAAUGCUGCUAGUUACCGAUCCAAAGCUUAGAAACCGAAGCCCGGGUUAAAGAAAACACUUCACCGGAUUCUCCCAAGCUACAGAUGAAUCACAUUCUCUUCCAUGUUGGUGAAUGCUUCCAAGAGAGACACAAGAGCAACAACUUCUCAUCGUUCUUUUUACUCUGUAAUCUAUAUGUUGUUGAAACAGAGCAAAAAUUUGAUCAGAUUUUUCACACAGAAAACAUAUUUGACAUCAAAAUCUACACUUUUUAUCUUUUAAGAGUAAAAAUUUAGUGAGCUAAUGCAUAACAGAAAUUAAAAAUU